AUGGGAUCCUCGGAUGUCCCUCCCGCGACCGCGCCCUCGUGGCUCAUCCCGGUGCAGACCGCCCUGCUUGGCGCGGGCGUCGUGUGCUGGGACAUCACCUACAUCCUCAUGUUCCUGCGCAGCCGCACCACCAAGUCCAGCGGCGUCCCGCUUCUCGGCCUGGCGCUCAACGUCUCCUGGGAGAUUGCCUAUGCCUUCGUGGUGGCGGACACGCUGCUCGAGCGGGUCGGCUUCGCGACGUGGCUGGCGCUGGACGGGCUGAUCGUGUACAGCCUCUUGAAGCACGCCGGCGACGACUGGCGGGAGAGCACUGGCGGUGGGAGGUGGGUCGCGAGGCAUCUGGGCUGGGUGCUAUACGGCAUGGUCCUCGUCGGAUGUGUCGGGCAGGCGGCCUUUGUGCUUACGUUCUUUGCCCGGCCGGGUCUCGUCGCCCGUGCUGUUGUCGCGGGCAAGUAUGGCGUGAGCGCCGGCGUCAACAAGGCCGGCAAGUUCUGGAGAGGGCGCGAAGGACUCGACACGACCGAGCUGAGCUUCUGGUCGGCCGGUCUCGCCCAGGAUGUCUUCAGCGCGGCGAGUCUCGCGCAGUUGGUUGCCCGUGGGCACUCGGGAGGGACGGGAUAUCUGAUCUGGUUCGUCCGCUUCGUUGGAUCCUUGUUUGGGAUGCAGCUCGCUCCAGGCCUGCUGUGGUGGUACUGGCCGGAGGCGCACGGGUUCUGGCUGAGCCCGUUGGCCAUAUUCAUGAGUGGGUUCAGUAUUCUGUGCGAUCUAGCGUAUCUGUUUGUGCUGCGGUCGGUCCGCAAGACCGAGGUGAAGCUUCCUGAUGGGAGGCUGGUCGCGGGAGACUCGCCAGAGUCUGUCAAGGUCAAGCCGGCUUGA